AUGACAGAGGACGAGAUAUACGGUGUUUCUCGAUAUCUGACCAAUUUAUUUAGUUUUAUCAUAUUAUUCGGCGGGUUGAUUGGUCAUGUUAUCGAUAUACUCGUUUUCACAAGUUCGAGACGAUUUCGUAAUAGACCGUCCGCUUUCUUUUUAACUAUUGAAUCCAUCGUUAAUUCAGUACAAUUGAUCAUUUCAUUUAGUUCUCGUAUCGCAAUCAGUGGUUUUGAUGAUGAUCUUACACAAACAUCCAUCGUCUGGUGCAAAUUACGCUCUGCUAUUGCAACAAGUUGUACACUUAUCUCGUUUACUAUUGCUUGUUUUGCAGCUAUAAAUCAGUAUUUAGCCACUAGUUAUCAAUCAUAUUUGAAAACUUUGAGUACACUUAACCUUGCGCAUUACCUUACAGGUAUGGCGACUAUCAUUUGGAGUCUACAUGGCAUCCUGUUUUUGAUCUUUAUGGAUAAUAAAUCAACAGUAAAAUGCGUGAUAAUAAGUGAUGGAUUUCUUGUUUAUAUUACGUAUGUAUAUUAUUUAAUAUGGACGGGAUUUUUGCCAAUUAUAAUCAUGUCGGUGUUCGCAGUCUUAGCUUCUUUUAAUAUUCGCGCUAUUGUACGAAGUCAUAUACCGAUCUUUCGUCGACGAAUUGACCAGCAGCUAACUUCGAUGAUCAUUGCUCGUGUUGCAUUUUCGGUGAUUAUUACAUUACCUUAUGUUCUUUUUCGUGUGUAUUCACUUCAAAGUCAUAUGUGGAGAAAAGGUUCAGUCUCUCCAGCCAUCGCAGAUCUGAUUGGAACGAUUGCUUUCGCAUUAUUUUAUUUAAAUUUUUCUGGCUCGUUUUAUUUAUUUCUAAUGUCUUCAACACGAUUUCGUCGACAAGUGCGAUACGUUCUGGUAAAGAAAUACUGGCGAAUGCUGUGUAACAAGACAGCACAUGUAAAUCGCAUAUCCCCAAUCUCACAUAUAUCGAGUGUGGAACUAGACUAG